AUGUCCUCUACUUCUGAACUUUAUAAUAAGAAGUGCUAUUGCACAAAAUGCAGCGAUAAUCAACAAGGCUACAGCUUUGUUUCUACACGAACCCUCCAGCGUCACAAUAAAAGAGCAAGAUAUGAAGACAGGGAAAGAAGUGAAAGAAAUAUAUCUGUUCAAAGAAAUCUCAUGGAUAUUGAUUUUGAAACUACAUCAAACCAACAAACCGGACCCAUAGAAGCAAUGGACGGUCAGACCAACUCGCCUGUUUGGGAAGGAGCCCCAAUUUCUGACGAUGAGGUUGCUUUUAGCAAUGAGUCGAAUGGCGAAAGCAGUGAUGGUGAUGAAAAUGACAAUGACGAAGAAAGCAAUGGCGGUGAAGAAAGUGAAGACAAUGAAGAGAAUAUUGUUGAGAUUGAAAUCGAAGAAUUCGAUACUGAAGAAAUUGAAUUUGCGUCCAUUGCCAACUGA